CCUAAGUUUGGGUUAUGCUAUGAAUACUAUGUUAUUCAAAAGUUGAGAUAUAUGUUAUGAGUUUUGUUCACUCCAAUCCUGAUAGUGGUAUGUAUUAGUUUAAAAAGCAUGGCAGGUUUAUGUUUAUGUUGAAUGUGUGACAUCCUGAUUCUGUUGAGAAUUUUUAUACUCUGAUAUUUUCUACUUAAAUGCUUGGGGUAGAUUUGGGGUGUUACAUUAGUGGUAUCAGAGCAGGUCGGUCUUGUCCGGCCAAGUGUCGAGUCGUAGUGUAGUAUAACAAUCGUGUAUUGUUGUUUGUGCUAAAUUGUUUUUGUGUUGUAGUGACGCUAUGGCUGGGAGGAAUGAUGUUGCGAUAGCUGCUGCUUUGGAAGCGAUGGCUCAGGCUAUGCAGAACCAACCGAAUGCUGACGAGAAUGCUGGAUCUCGUAGUUUGGCGACUUUCCAAAGGGAGAAUCCGCCGGUGUUCAAGGGUACGCAUGACCCUGAUGGUGCUCUUGAUUGGUUAAAGGAGCUCGAGCGAGUCUUCCGUGUUAUGGAUUGCACUCCUGCUCAGAAGGUCAGAUAUGGUACUCAUAUGCUGGCUAAGGAAGCUGAUGAUUGGUGGUUGGAGACGCUUGCUAGGUUGGAGUUUUCAGGUGAGGAAGUCACUUGGAAUGUGUUUCGUAGGGAAUUUUUGAGGAAGUAUUAUCCUGAAGAUGUUCGGGGUAAGAAAGAGAUAGAAUUCCUAGAGUUGACGCAAGGGAACAAGUCUGUGACCGAGUAUGCUGCCAAGUUCACUGAGUUGAUUAAGUUCUAUCCUCACUUUGAUGGCGAAGGUGCUGAAUUUUCUAAGUGCAUCAAGUUUCAGAAUGGGUUACGCUCGGAGAUCAAGAAGGCUGUUGGGUACCAAAAGAUCCGUUUGUUUUCUGAUUUGGUUGACAGUUGUAGGAUCUUUGAGGAAGAUAGUAAUGCUCAUCACAAGAUGGUUAGUGAUAGAAGGGGCAAGAAUCAACAAAGCCGUGGGAAACCGUAUGAUGCUGGUAAAGGGAAACAAAGAGUUACUCAUGGUCAGAGGUCUAGUGGGGGAGAUGCUCCUGCUAGGAUUGUAUGUUUCAAAUGUGGUCAACCUGGUCAUAAGAGCAAUGCUUGUACUACUGAUGCGAGGAAGUGUUUCAGAUGUGGUAAGAUGGGACAUGCAAUGUCUGAUUGCAAGCAUAAGGACAUGGUAUGUUUCACGUGUGGCGAAGAGGGACACAUUGGUAGCCAGUGUCCAAAGAAGAAGGCACAAUCUGGUGGAAAAGUAUUGGGUCUUAUGUUGUCUUCCAUGAAUGGAGAGAUGGCUGUCGAUCUUCCAGCUAAGGGAUCGGUGACUACUUCUCUGAUGUGUUCAAAGUGUCCUUUGUCGAUCUUCGACAAAGACUUUGUUGUUGACUUGAUUUGUUUGCCGUUGAGUGGAUUAGAUGUGAUCUUAGGUAUGAAUUGGUUAGAGUAUAACUAUGUUCAUAUCAACUGUUUUAACAAGUCCUUGAGGUUUUCUUCUCCUGAGGAAGAAGGAGUUGGUUUGUUGACUGGUAAGCAGUUGAGGCAAUUGAUGCAAGACGAAGCACAAAUGUUCUCGUUGAUGGCGUCAUUGUCUUUUGAGAAUCAAGUUAGAAUCGACGAGUUAAAGGUGGUGCGAGAAUUUCCUGAUGUGUUUCCUGAUGAAAUUCCUGAUGUACCUCCAGAAAGAGAAGUUGAGUUUGCGAUUGAUCUUGUACCUGGUACCAGACCUGUUUCUAUGGCACCGUACAGGAUGUCUGCAUCUGAGUUAUCUGAAUUGAAGAAGCAAUUAGAAGAGUUGCUUGAGAAAAAGUUUGUAAGGCCAAGUGUAUCGCUUGAUGCUAUGUUACAAUGGGAAGCUCCGAAAUCAGCUACUAAGAUUAGAAGCUUCUUGGGCUUAGUCGGUUACUAUAGACGGUUUAUCGAAGGAUUCUCUAAAUUGGCACUUCCGUUGACAAGAUUGACUUGCAAGGGAAAAGCUUUUGUGUGGGAUAUUCGAUGCGAAGAAAGUUUCAAUGAGUUGAAGAAGAGGUUGACGUCGGCUCCGAAUGGUAAAGUGGUUGCUUAUGCGUCUAGGCAGUUGAGGACUCAUGAAAAGAAUUAUCCUACGCAUGAUCUAGAGUUGGCUGCAGUGUUCCGAGAUUUGAGCUUAGUUUGUGAAGUGACACCGCAUAGUGUUAUGUUGGGAAUGUUAAAGAUUAACAAUGACUUUCUCGACAAUAUCAAAGAGGCUCAGAAGCUAGAUGUGAAGUUGGUGGAUUUGAUGGUAGGAACCGAUCGAAUUGAGAAGGAUGAUUUCAAUGGAGACGAUGCCUGUGCGAAUUGUGGAUCGUGA